CGAACCAAACCCUAAAUAAACCCCACCCAUAACAGCAGCCUUUACCCCCUCUCUAUAAUUUCUGUUUCUCUCUUUCGUUUCUCCAUACCCCCCUCUUAAAAAACCAAAGCCAAAGCAAAAUCCAACUCGAAACGCUAUCUUCUUUUUUCUCUGUAAAAAGAUAUCUAUGGCUGUUGAAGCUAGGCAUCUUAAUCUUUUCCCCCCUCAGUUUACAGGAAACAGGGAGAUGAUGAAUCCAAUUCAAGGAAACGGGAAUAUGUAUCAAACGGAGAUUGGGUAUGGGGUUCCGUUAUCGGGAACCACGACGGUGGCGGAAGGGUUGCUUCCGUUGUAUAACUCAACGGCUACGGCGGCGAUGAAAUCGGAGAGUAGUUUGACGUACAACAACAAUGUUCUUCCUUUACCGAGGAAGCGUUCGAGGGAUUCGAUUAAUCCGAUCCUUUCGUUUCCUUCACCGGUUCAACAACAAAGUAAUAAUAACAACGGCAAUAAUAAGACUUGUUUUCUUGGUCAUGAUAUUUCUUUUCAUAUGGAGCAACAACAGUUGGAUAUUGAUCGCAUCAUCUCCCAACAUAUGGAGAAAAUGAGAGUGGAAAUGGAGGAAAGAAGGAAGAGACAAGCCAGGAAGAUAAUGGAAGCAAUCGAAGGUGGAGUGAUGAAGAAACUAAAAGCCAAAGAAGAAGAGAUUGAAAAGAUUGGGAAAUUAAAUUGGGCACUCGAAGAAAGGGUGAAAUCACUAUGCGUAGAGAACCAAAUAUGGCGAGAUUUGGCUCAAACCAACGAGGCAACAGCCAACGCGUUACGGACCAACUUAGAACAAGUACUCGCCGCCGCUGCCAACAACCGUGAGGAAGCGGAAGCGGCGGCGGCAGACGAGGUGCACGAUGCACAAUCUUGUUGCGGGAGCAACUGGGAAGCAACAGCGGAGAAAACCGUCGCCGGUGGUGGAGGACGGGAGUGUAGGAAUUGCGGGAAGGAAGAAGCGUGUGUGCUGCUGUUGCCGUGUAGGCAUUUGUGCUUGUGUACGAUUUGUGGGUCUACACUUCACGUUUGCCCCGUUUGUAAAUCCACUAAAAAUGCUAGUGUUCAUGUUAACUUGUGAUAAACCCCUCAAAGAAAAAAAAAAUACCCAAAAAAUAUUUUCAAGAAGAAAUUGUUGGAUUCCAAAA